UAGAAAGAAUGCGAUCGAGUUCACACAGACACUAACGUAAAUGUCGAAUGCCAAAUCUUGGUACGGCUACAGACCUGCCAUUUAAUUCUUUCUUUAUCAUGUCAAGCUAAUUAUACACGAAAAUUUAUUAUCACACAAUUCUAUCCAGUUAUAAUCAAUCAUAUCUCUCCACUGAUUUGAGCAACACACCAAUGUAAUUUAUGAUCCAUAAAUAUUAUGCGAGCGAAGCGUUUAAUGUUUCUACUGUUGUGUUAUUUAAGUGAUACAAGCGCCGUAUUAUAUAACAAUAAAUUAGACAGUGAAUAUAUAGAAAUACAACCUCUCGAAGAAGCAAAUUACUCGAAUCCGAUAUUAGUGAGUGGUAUAAUAUAUAGGACAUUUAAGAAAUAUUAUUGUGAGGUGUUCAAGGAUUUUGAAAAUAGGCGGACGCUGCUGCGUGGGAGCAAAGCCUGGACGUUUCCCCGCCAAGACGUAAACCUCACACUGGCGUACCCUUCCGCCGAACACGCCGAUCUACAAAUAGAGGAAGACUACGUUAUAACAGGUUACCAGGUGAUAUUGUUCACGGACGGCUUACGAGGCACCGCCUACAUACACUCUGGAGGGAUACUGGAGGACACAAUAAGCCUGACCUUCAUCAGUGAGGGUAUAACGACCCUCUCGUACCAGUUUUGGCUGUAUGGAACCCAGCGGAGCAGCAUACCCGCGGAGGAAUACAACUACGUCAUGUGUUAGACGGGAAGCCGGAGGACUGUGGCGGAGAUGAGGGGAUAUGAGGGCAAACGUGCGGGAAUCAACCAAUAGCAACGGUUGUAAUCCAGCGUGGCAGUGGAGCGGAGAAGAGAAGUGGUAGCACUCAAAUGCCAAUCAAAGCUCCGUAGCGAACGAAACGCAACUGUCACUAUCGCACUAAUAUGGAAGAGUGAUAGAGAGACGAUUGGCGCGUUGGCUAACGCGGGCUGACCGGCUAGCAUGAGUUGCGUUCUCACCCGCGACUCCAUACAUCUAGCGCGAUAUCAAGUAUGGAGUCAUGGACUCGCGCGUGAGAACGCAACUCAUGCUAGACAGUCUGAUAGUUAUAGUAUUGCCAAGUCAGUGCACAUUUACGCGGUUAUCAGGCUGCGUAGACAAGAUGCCAAUUCCCGCUCCGUAUCGUAACGUAGUUAUCUCUAUCACUCUUUCAUAUUAGUGCGACACAGACAGUUGCAUUUCGUUCGCUACGGACCGUUAACGAUUGGCAUUUUGACUACGCAGCCAGGUUAUCACACUAUUAGCUAAUCAGCACGCCGCUUCGGCGUGUAAGCGAGAUGGCGCUACAUAUAUAAGGCUGUCUUGCUCGUCAUGACGUACGAUGACCAAUAAGGAGAGGGUUCUACGGGUUUAACGUGUUUUAAAUAUUUCACGUUAUUUUUCAGGUAACUGAUUUCAUUGUGAUAGUAAAAAAAUAAUAUUGAGUUGUGAUAUUACAACCUUAGGUUAGUUAGGUGAUUUGUCUGAAUCGUCUUUUAAUAUAAACUUUUAAAUGAUA